GGGACGGUGGAUGGGGGUGCUCGUUCGUGUUUGUUGUAACUUCACUCCCUUUAAAAGGAAAACUAUGUCCGGAAUCCGGGAGGUGGCCCGCAAGCCCGGGUGGCAAGGCCAUGCCCGGCCCCGCGGCCGAGCUCGGUGUCCUCGGGAGCCGGUGCAGAGCGAGCGGGUUGCUCUCCCCAUCCCCUCCCCCGCCCCCGCGGCCCUCCCCUCCGCGGGCCCGGGCGGGGCCGCCCUGGUCUUUUUAGGCGUCAGCUCCUGUGCUUCGAGAGCAGGGGCGCGCGGCUGGCGGUCGGUGGCGAGAGUCCGGCGGCGGCGAGAGUCCAGCGGCCGGCUUGGCGGCACCAUGACGGGAAGCAACAUGUCUGACGCCUUGGCCAACGCAGUGUGCCAGCGCUGCCAGGCUCACUUUGCUCCUGCUGAGCGCAUUGUCAACAGCAACGGGGAGCUGUACCAUGAGCACUGCUUCGUGUGUGCCCAAUGCUUUCGGCCAUUCCCGGAGGGGCUCUUCUACGAGUUUGAGGGCCGGAAGUACUGUGAACAUGACUUCCAGAUGCUGUUUGCUCCGUGCUGCGGAUCCUGUGGUGAGUUCAUCAUUGGCCGUGUCAUCAAGGCUAUGAACACCAACUGGCACCCAGGGUGCUUCCGCUGUGAGCUGUGUGAUGUAGAGCUGGCUGACCUGGGCUUUGUGAAGAAUGCAGGCAGGCACCUCUGCCGGCCUUGCCACAGCCGUGAGAAGGCAAAGGGCUUGGGCAAGUACAUCUGUCAGCGGUGCCAUCUGGUCAUUGAUGAGCAGCCCCUCAUGUUCAGGAACGACGCCUACCACCCAGACCACUUCAGCUGCACCCACUGUGGAAAGGAGCUGACCGCUGAGGCCCGGGAGCUGAAGGGUGAGCUCUACUGCCUGCCUUGCCAUGACAAGAUGGGUGUCCCCAUCUGUGGGGCAUGCCGCCGGCCCAUUGAGGGCCGUGUGGUCAACGCGUUGGGCAAGCAGUGGCAUGUGGAGCACUUCGUCUGCGCCAAGUGUGAGAAGCCCUUCCUGGGACACCGGCACUAUGAGAAAAAGGGCCUGGCCUACUGUGAGACCCACUACAACCAGCUCUUCGGAGACGUCUGCUACAACUGCAGCCACGUGAUUGAGGGUGAUGUGGUGUCGGCCCUCAACAAGGCCUGGUGUGUGAACUGCUUCUCCUGCUCCACCUGCAACAGCAAGCUCACCCUGAAGAACAAGUUUGUGGAGUUUGACAUGAAACCCGUGUGUAAGAAGUGCUAUGAGAAGUUCCCACUGGAGCUGAAGAAGCGGCUGAAGAAGCUGGUGGACCUCACCUCCCGCAAGGCCCAUCCCACGGCUGUGGACGUGAACUCCACCUAAAGGCUCCUGCCCUCCUAGCUGCCCAGUGGCCUCCUUCCCCAGCGCCUCCCACUUCUGUUUCCUGCUCAUUCUUGUUGCUCCCUGUCUCUCCUCUCCACUCCAUGUCUGUGCCCUCUGCGUCAUCUUCCUUCCCCUUUGGCAGCUCCUGUCUUCCUGUCUGUGUGGAGGCUGGCCCACACCUGACCGCCACUUUGCCUGUCCCCACGAGCUCCAGGGACAGGAGCAAAUCAAGGCUGGGGUUGCCCGCUCCCCUCUUGGAGCAUAGCUGCCUGCCCACCCGGCUGACCUGUCCUUGCCGUGGGCCCUAGUGGCACCCACUGUCCUGGGGAGCAAUGUGGCCCCCUUGUAUGCACCUGGCAGCCCAGCCCAAGCAGGUGGAGGCCUCUGGGACACCCUCAGCACUCAGCCACUCAGCCACUCAGAUCCCUGUCCCCACAUUGGCCAGCAAGUCCUGCCACCCCAACUCGUGAGUCAGCUGGAGGGACAAGGGCUGUUCCCUCCACCCCUCAGAGCCCAACAUCCACUGUGGCGCCCCAGGUCUACUGCACUUCCUCUCUGCUGCACCUCAGGCCACACUGAACCUCUGGGCAGAGCUGGAGUGGUGGGGUCAGGUGGCUCUUGCCCACUUCAAGGUCACGUAGUGGCCAGCAAACACCUGGCUAGAGGCUCACAUUCACACAAUGAAGCCUGAUCAACCACCA